AUGCGGCGUCGGCGGUAUCGGCGGCGGCGGCGGCGGCGCGUACACUGUUCCCCACCACCGCCGCAGCAUCGCCGGCCGACAGAACCGGUUUUAUUUUUAGCGAUCGGUCCCGCCGACGACGACGACGCCGCAGCCGAGACAGCCGCCAGUAGCGCAACCGCAGCAGCCGCACCAGCAGCCGCGCCGCACCAGCGUUUUACCGUGUUUCAACAGCGCGACACCGCCACCGCCACCGCCAUCACCACCAGCGGCAGCAGAAGCCGGCGGUACACACGCUGCGGAUCGUCGAAGCAGCAGCAGUAUUCCGCGCAGCGCACCCGGUAA